CUGAAGGAAAAACCUGAGAGCUCGUCCGGACCGUCUCCGUCCAGAUCGGGGACCCCAAUCCCACACCGGCUCCGUCCUGUUCAGCAGCAAACCGAUUUCGACCCGACCUGCUCCCCGGUGCCUCUGCCCCGAUCCCAGCUGCAGCGCCCCAGCAGCCCUGCCACCACCUGCAAUCCAGACGACGGCGGAAGAAGAGAGAAGAGAAAGAAGCAGACGCGCCCGGGCUGAAGUAUAUCAGGAAGGGAUCGAGCUCCUACUUUCAUUCGGCUCUGAGCACACCCAAAUCAGAUCCCAUCCUCGCCGCCACCGACUCGUCACCUUCAGGCGACCUCCCCUGAUGCCGUCCGGCCUCCAAUCUUGGUGAGAUGGACACCAUCAUCUUCACUAGGAGCACACUUCGCAAAGGCUUUAUGUGUCUCUGCUAAUCGGCACUGCUCAUCUGCGACACACCACCGACCUGCAGUCAGGUUAGUUUCCAGAAAAACUAGAUUCAAUUUCGCCUUCUAUUAAAUGUGGAGCACAACAACUCUAGUAGCAUUCCCGGCGUGCACAUAGGCUAGCGUAGAUGGUGACCGGAUGAAAUUUAAUUUUUCCUUGGAUGUCUUUCGUGUUCUCUGCAAUUGAAACUGAAUGCAUCUGUAUUGCUGGGAGCAUUGGGAAAACUAUAUAAUUUGAGUAUUCAAGCAUCAUAUGGCUGCAUGUCCCUGGGCAUUCUUGGGAGGCCUGGACACGGCCUCUGCGUCUCCUACAACAGCCCCAAAAUCACGCACUUUUGCAUCUAUUCUCGCCAACUCAACAGAGGCUGCUAUAUCUCUCUGCCAACUACCAUCCCCAGUUGUUCGCGGGGAUAAAAUUUAUGUCAAGAUCAAUGAAUCCUUAUAUCAGGAGCAAUUGAAGCAAUUCAAAACCAAUCUUAUUGGUCGUCUUCUUCUACAAGAGGAUCUGCGUAGGGUAUGGAGUGGAGGUACUUGUACUCUUCCGGAUGGAAUUUUUCGCCUAACUCAGUGGAAACCAGAUUUUGUACCUGGAGUUUCCUUUCCACAAACUCAUGCUCAAAUUUGGGUUAGGUUUUAUGGUCUGAGCCAAGAUUAUUGGCACCAACAACAUCUUAUGGAGAUUGCUCGGGGGGUCGGAACUCCAUUGCAAAUUGAUAAAGCCACAAGGGAAAGACAAUUUGGCUACUUUGCUAGAGUCUUAAUUGAUGUGGAUCUUGCUGGUGAACUACCACCUUCUUUGAUGGUUGAGCGUGAAACUCAUUGUUUUCAAAUUGAAGUAGUCUAUGAGAAUGUGUGUACUCAUUGUGGGAGGGUUGGCCACAUGGCUGACCAAUGCAGGGCCUUGAAGAGCUCUAACAAAGAGCAAUAUGCUCAAGUACAAAAGGCAGUUAAAAAGCCUUCUCUCAUUGGGCGUCAAGAGUAUCGUCCCAGGACGGCUGUAAACAAUGUUUCUGAGCAAAACUUGGACACUACUCCUCAGGUGCAACUCUCCCCUGAUGUUGCAAACCAUGAACAGAUUACUAAAUUUGCAGAAGAUGUUCUCACUGAGGCCAUUGACCAGGAAUUGGAUCGUAUUGCAGAUUUGGUCAUUAUUGAACCCAUAACCAACGGGAAGGCUGGAUGUUGUAGAGGCAACAUAACUCCUCUUAUCAAUAUGAAUAAUUCUGUCAUCCUUGCAAAUAAGGAAACUGAAGCAGGGGUUGACACUACUCCUAAUGAUUUUGUUGUAGUUGUUGGUCCAACUAUUUUGGAGGACCCUUCGGUCAAUAUUUCUGAUGAGGAUGAUGAAGUUCAGAUGUGUGAUGAUGAUGUGAGCUCCAACAUGGAGCUAAAUGCUUAUAGUACUGCACAGCCAACCAACCCCCUUUCACAUAGUGGUCAGAGUUGGCAUGAUAUGGUGGAAGAGGAAAAUAUUAUUGAUCUGGCAUAUUUAGCUACGGGUCUUGCUCCCCCGGGAUUCGAACAUGUUGCAACUUUAGCCAAGGAUGUCUCAUUAAUUACUGGUCAUGGGGAUAACGGAGAUACAGAGAAUGGUUUCACACCGGUUCUCUCUAAGUCUCAACAGAAGAAACAAAGACGACAAGCUACUCUAGCUCUUGCUCGUGAAAACCCUUAUCCAAAGAGGGACAGAACAAAGAAUAAAAAGUACAAUCAAUGA